GUCGUAGUCUGAGAAAAGUUUCCUUUGUUGAGGUGGUUGGUGGGUAUUAUCGUCUCGGGGCGCAGCUGCUUGUACAGUAUACUAGCAGUAUACUAGCAGCUCCGUACCUACUGCUUAGUCGCCCAAAAGUGACUAGAUUUGUUUAGACUGAGCAUACUAAUCUCCUUAAGUUCAAGCUCCCUGCUUGCGGAGGAUAGCUACAAUGAAAUUAGUGUUAAUUCUAACACUCAUCCGCACUCUGUUAGUGCAUGCCAGAGCCUCGUGGAGCACUCAGUGGGACGUCCUAAUAUUCACACAGCAGUGGCCAAUAACUAGCUGCAUUAGCCACUUAAUACAAAACCCCGAUGGAGCAUGCAAUCUUUUCCCCAAUAUGACUUCUUGGACAAUUCAUGGAAUAUGGCCCACCAAGCUUGGAACCAUUGGUCCAAAUUUUUGUAACAAUUCGUGGCAUUUCCAAGAGGCAGAGAUUAUUCAGCUCGAGCCCUACUUAAUUAAGUACUGGGGCAAUAUAUUUGCUGAAGACCCCCAGACAUCUCUUUGGAAGCACGAGUGGGUGAAACACGGCACGUGUGCAGCCGAGCUUCCUGCCCUCAGUUCGGAAAAAAAAUAUUUUGAAAAAGGUCUCGAGUGGGUUACCCAGUAUGACUAUGUAGCUGUCUUAGGCAAGCAUAACAUUUAUCCGCAUGACAUCAAUACCUAUAGUCGUGAUGAUAUCAACAGUGCCAUCGCUGACAUGUUUGGAGUUGAUCCAGCCAUUGAUUGCAUUUAUAACAAGAAAACCAAGCAACACGAACUGUCACAAAUCAAGUUAUGUUUUGAUCGCUCAUUACACAUAGUCAAUUGUGAUGGCAUCAUUGGCUAUGAAGAAAAUGUAAUUGGAAACUGUCCUAAGAAAGGAAUUAUAUACCCCUCAUCUGUGAGGACUGGGGGAAAGGAAUACAGUUACUCUCGGAAGUUGGCCGACCUGCGAAUACAACGCUGGGAAGAGGCGCAAGCCACAUGCGUUUCAUGGCUGUGUCAUGCUCUAAUGAUGGUCUAUUCUCUCAUGUGGAUUACUCUCUGAACUCAUGAAGUCAAACAUUGCGGAUGGCCUUGUAUUUUAACUUUUAGCUAUGACUUUUUUUUUAAUAACUUUUAGCACAUCCAUAGUUUGUAAAGUACAACUUUAUUUUGUAUUUUAAAAUAUUUAAUAUGCAACAUUAUUGUUAAUUUCUGUAAAUUAUGUAAUUGUUUAAAAUUUAAAAAAAAUUGUAUUUUGUAUUAGAUUAUAUUUGUAUUGACUGUGUUCAUACCUCAGGUUGAAAUACUGUACCAGUUUGUCCAUGCUAGUGUCAGCUGCUUAAUACAAUUUACUGGUUAGUUGAUCAAAUUUUGUAUGGAUACUAAUGAAGUAUUGUAAGCACUUUAAAGGAUAGAACGGAUGCAAUUACUGUGUAUUCAAGUCUUAAUUUAAUAGUCUUGUAUUAUAAAUUAUUUUUGAAGGAUUGCAGCUUGACUUUUUAACAAAGAGUUUGGUAUAUUGUUAAAAAUGCUGUAUAUAAUUGUAGUCAUUAGUGUAAGUUUAUAAGGCAUCUAAACACUCAUAAUACAAAAUUGUAGCAUUCAUUUUGCUCAAUAUCACGAUCUGUGAUGAUUCAAUAGGCCUAUUCUAUUACAUAAUUGCUACCAGUUUCUUCCUCACUUUAUUUGGAGUGAACAUACACAUUUGUUUCUCUUUAUCUUACACAGGGUAUCUCUUUCAUUACAGAUUUUGAGUUUCUUUAUUUUUGUAUCCAUUAAUCCCUAACUUGGGGGGAGUAGUGUGUGUGUGUGUGUGUGUGUUUCCUGUGACACUUCCCCCUUGUUUCUCUAAUAUGGGGGACGUUCACAGGAUGUUUCUAAAACUUGCUCAUGGUUCCUGAAUAUGGGAAACGUAAAUGAAGUGUCCUGUGAUACACUUCCCCCAUGGUUUUUGUGUCUUUGGCCUGUUCACACUCCUGCACUCCAUGUGUUGCUCUGACACAUUUUCUCAACCUCGACAUUGCCUUGUUAGCAAAUGUAUUUGAUCUGUUUUCUUAUUUUAUACAUUUCCCUUACUUGUUCCUUCAUUUUUUUUCAUUUCAUUCUUUCUUUCACGUUAUUGUGGGCUUUUUAAAGGAGUUACUCAACAUUGUUCCUCAAAUGGCAACUGCUCAAGUUAUUUACCAGAUGUUUAAAAAUGUUGCCACAUAUACCUGGGCAAGAUUCUGUUUAUCAUCCUCUAAGAGGAGUUCUCAGGAUGAUUAAUAUAUAUAUAUAUCACAGUAUAUAUAUAUAUAUAUCUCUCACACACACAAAACUAACAGGGAAGAGUUCCUGAGGCCUGAAACUUCAAGAACAAGAGGACAUAGAUUUAAACUAAGUAAACAAAGCUGUCGAAGGAAUAUAAGAAAAUUCACUUUCGCAAACAGAGUGGUAGAUGGUUGGAACAAGUUAGGUGAGAAGGUAGGUGGUGGAGGCCAAGACUGUCAGUAAUUUCAAAGCAUUAUAUGACAGUGCUGGGAAGAUGGGACACCAUGAGCAUAGCUCUCAUCCUGUAACUACACUUAAGUAAUUACUUACAUCGCCAUAAACACAAUCAUCAGAUUCAUCACACCAGUUAAUAGUUAGAAAGGGAAGCAAGGAGUUUUGGCUUGCUCUUGGCAUACACAACUAAGUGAAUAAAUGCGCACACACAUGCAUGUGCUGUAUUAACCAAAACGUUUUUGUAUUAAUCAGAUAAACACAAAUUUCAUCACACCACUGUUUGCAUUUCAUCAUAUUACAUCAUCAUAUAUACAAUGUGCCACAUAGCAGCCUGUGUGAAUAUAUUUUAAUGGCCAAGCUGAAAUCUGUUUUUAACAUAAAUUAUUAUUGUGCAAUACUGGCGCAAUACAGAGCCAAAAAUUUUCUAAAAAAAAGUUGUAAAUACGUGUAUUAAUUAUUUUCCUAGAUGUCAGAGGAAUGAUAUGUUUAUUAGGCACAGCAUUUUCUUUUAAUAAAGUCAUGAUUUCUUCAAUUUGAAUUUUGGACUGCAUAUGGUAUGUAGAUAGUUGCUGUUAUAAUCCCAGCGUGUAUAUAAUGUCUUCUUGUAUAUUUGAUUUUCUGUUCAGUUGGUCCUCACCCUGCGCACUUUUUCACACAUGUAUUUGUGUUUUUAUCAUCAAGAUUUAAAUGGCAUAUGGGGUGAGAUCACCUCUGCAUGAGGUUCCUGCAACAAAAGUUGUUGCUUUGGUCAGCAACAUCUAAAUAUCAGACUUUUUAACACUGCCACUCUUCAGAAAUCUUUGUUGUCUUGUAUCUGACAGUAUUUUUGUCACAUUUUACAUGUAAGUUCUUGUAUCAUGUCAUCUGUCAUGUUACUUGCAUAGCAUUAUGUUCUGUAUUUGUGACCGGAAAGUGACGAGUAUUUAAUAAUAUAUUCAGA